AUUCGUCGUGUGAAGCGGACAGAAGUGCGUUUGCAAGAAGAAAUAUUUUUAAGCUAAAAGUGUAAAAGUUAAAAUAUAUAAAGCAAAAUGAGAGAAAUUGUACACAUCCAGGCUGGUCAGUGCGGUAACCAAAUUGGUGCUAAGUUCUGGGAAAUUAUUUCCGAUGAGCAUGGCAUCGAUGCGACCGGCGCCUAUCAUGGCGACAGUGACUUGCAAUUGGAGCGCAUUAAUGUGUACUACAAUGAGGCGUCGGGUGGCAAAUAUGUGCCACGCGCUGUGCUAGUGGAUCUGGAGCCUGGAACCAUGGAUUCGGUGCGUUCGGGACCCUUCGGUCAGAUCUUCAGACCCGAUAACUUUGUUUUCGGCCAGUCUGGUGCUGGUAACAACUGGGCCAAGGGUCAUUACACAGAGGGCGCUGAGCUGGUUGACUCCGUGCUUGAUGUGGUGCGCAAAGAGGCAGAAUCGUGUGAUUGCCUGCAAGGCUUCCAGCUAACACACUCUCUGGGCGGCGGCACUGGUUCUGGCAUGGGUACAUUGCUGAUUUCCAAAAUCCGUGAGGAAUAUCCCGACAGAAUCAUGAACACAUACUCGGUAGUGCCCUCGCCUAAAGUGUCAGACACUGUUGUGGAGCCAUACAAUGCUACCCUCUCAGUGCAUCAGCUAGUGGAGAACACAGAUGAGACCUACUGCAUCGAUAACGAGGCACUGUAUGACAUUUGCUUCCGCACCCUUAAACUGACCACCCCAACCUACGGAGACUUGAACCAUCUGGUCUCGUUAACAAUGUCUGGCGUCACUACUUGUCUCCGCUUCCCUGGCCAACUGAAUGCUGAUCUCCGUAAACUAGCUGUCAACAUGGUUCCAUUCCCUCGUCUGCACUUCUUCAUGCCCGGCUUCGCCCCCCUCACCUCUCGUGGCUCACAGCAAUAUCGUGCCUUAACCGUGCCCGAGCUGACACAACAGAUGUUUGAUGCCAAGAACAUGAUGGCUGCCUGCGACCCUCGACAUGGUCGCUAUCUGACUGUCGCUGCCAUCUUCCGUGGUCGCAUGUCCAUGAAGGAGGUCGACGAACAGAUGCUGAACAUCCAAAACAAGAAUAGCUCUUACUUUGUUGAAUGGAUUCCCAACAAUGUGAAGACAGCCGUUUGCGACAUACCGCCCAGAGGUCUGAAAAUGUCGGCUACGUUUAUUGGCAAUUCAACUGCCAUCCAAGAACUGUUCAAACGUAUCUCUGAGCAAUUCACAGCUAUGUUCCGUCGCAAGGCUUUCUUGCAUUGGUACACUGGCGAGGGCAUGGACGAGAUGGAGUUCACUGAAGCGGAGAGCAAUAUGAAUGAUCUGGUGUCCGAGUACCAACAAUACCAGGAAGCCACUGCCGACGAAGAUGCUGAAUUUGAAGAAGAGCAGGAGGCUGAGGUCGACGAGAACUAAAAUCUCUUGCCCUAUUCAUCUAUGGCACCUAUUUCAAUUUCUCCAACGUUGCGUCAAGAAAAUUCGAUGAGAACAUAACCAGUCUAAAAAAAUCUUUGUUCUUUAAACGUAACCAAUAAAGUCGAAACAUGUUCUUCAGAAGUAAAAUCUAA